CCAGAGCCCAUCCUGUUUUUCUGCCAUGAAACUUUCCCCGAACAAAGAACAAGCAAAGAGAGUGAAACCACAAGUAUUGACCUCAACCAGAAUUUAUGUGCAGGCAGCUCUGAACGCAGUCAUCGGACAGACCAUGCCACAGAGGAGCCAGCAUCCCCUGGUCUAUAUCCUCCUGAUUUGGACCAGUAUCCUCUCUAUAAUCCUGCUUGUGUUCAUCACUCUUUUCUUCACACAGGGACAGUCUUCGAACAGUAGCACUGUAGGGCUUACAUCCCCAUUACACUGUACGUCGUGUACCACUGAAAUACUCAACCUCCAAGCUAAACCUCAAGAGUUAUGGUUAUCCAAUAGUACUAUUGAAUGGGCUGCGAGACAAUCAACCUCAAAUAUGAUUCGAAACGCAAACCACGCAGGAAACACUCUCCAUAUAAAAAAAGAUGGAAACUAUAUCUUGAAUCUUCGGGUAACACUGUCUGCAUGUGGUGAAACGUCAGUCUUGGACAAGUCGCACUCCGUGGCCCUCAAGUUGGACGGCACAGUCUGGCUGAUGGGCUGGACUGACACAAAAUCAAGCAGCACAGUCCUGCUCAGCAAGGCCAUAAGUUGUCAGCAGGGAGUAAGGUGCAGAUCACUAUUGACCCACCUGCCUGUGUCAACACCAGUUCAUCGAUGA